AUGGCUUCUCAUCGAGGCUGGAAAAUAUGUGCUACUGUUACAGGCAUUCUCUUAAUCACCAUCUUAGUGGUUCUAGUCGUUCUAUUCCUCACAGUCUUCAAGCUCAAAGAUCCUGACAUUGUGGCAAGUCCGAUCAACCUAGAAAGCUUUCAUGUAAUAGUUUUUCCGGUGAUAAAAUUUAAUGUAUCAAUCGGAAUUUUGAUCACAGUGAAAAAUCGCAACUAUGGAAGCUUCAAGUAUGACAAUAGCACAGCUCAUAUCAGUUAUCGUGGCAAAGUUAUAGCUGAAGCUCCACUCGAAGAAGGUACGAUUCCAUCUCACAAGAAUUACAACAUCACGACUUCCAUGGAUAUAUUAGCAGACAAACUGGCAUUUGAUGCGAACUUUCAAAGAGACUUGACUACAGUUGGGGUAGUGAAUUUUACUUCACACACUGUGGUGCAUGGGAAGGGAAGCAUGUUGAAGAUCUUCCAUAAAAAGGCCCUUAGUCAUACCGAUUUCGGUCAAGGCCGUGCUCUGGCACGCAGGGGGCUUUGGUUCAUUGUUUUUACUGCUUUCUGGAUUGGGUUCUUUGGAGUUCGAUUUGGAAGACAUGGAAUCGGUUUCUCAAUCUCAGAGAAGUCUGGUUUUUGUGAUGGGGUUCCUCAUCUCACAAGGCUUGAUGCAUCUGAUCGAGUAGUGUAUGGGCCGGAGGUCUCAAUGGAACCAUGGCUGUUGCUUUCUUCAACCACAGCUUUACCCGCCGCUACCUUACCCUUUUUCCUGUCUUACAAGUCCUCUUUUCUUUCACGACCCAGACAGUCUGUGAAAACCCAUCUCUCAAUCUCAAUGAUAGAGCCAGAAAAGUCAAAUUUUUGGGGAAAUAGAUUGGUUUUACCUGAUAGAGAUGUUAUUUUGGGUGAUUUGAAACAUGUCCCAGUUGGACCAAUACGUGCUGCCGUGAAGAGAAGGAAAGAACUCCCUUUCGACAAUGUGAUCCAAAGGGAUAAGAAGUUGAAGUUAGUUUUGAAGAUUAGAAAAAUUUUAGUGAGCCAACCUGAUAGGAUUAUGUCACUUAGAGAACUAGGUAGGUAUAGAAGAGAACUGGGUUUGCAGAAAAAGAGGCGAUUUAUUGCAUUACUGAAGAAAUUCCCGGCGGUGUUUGAGAUUGUUGAGGAAGGUGUCUUUUCGUUGAAAUUUAAAUUGACGCCGGAAGCAGAAAGGCUUUACCUUGAAGAGUUGCAGGUUCGAAAUGAGAUGGAAGACUUGCUGGUUGUGAAGUUGAGGAAAUUAUUGAUGAUGUCAUUGGAUAAGCGGAUUUUGUUGGAGAAGAUUGCUCAUUUGAAGACUGAUUUAGGACUUCCUUUAGAAUUUCGUGAUACAAUUUGUCAUCGAUACCCACAAUACUUUAAAGUUGUUGCAACUGAGAGAGGUCCAGCAUUAGAAUUAACUCAUUGGGAUCCUGAGCUUGCUGUAUCAGCUGCUGAGUUAUCUGAAGAGGAAAAUCGUGCUAGAGAACUGGAAGAGAAGGAUUUAAUUAUAGAUAGGCCUCUCAAGUUCAAUAGACUAAAGUUACCAAGGGGUCUUAAUCUUUCCAAGGGUGAGAUGAGGAGAAUAUGUCUGUUUAGAGACAUUCCUUACAUUUCCCCUUACUCUGAUUUCUCGGGGCUGAGGUCAGGUACAAUUGAGAAAGAGAAACAUGCUUGUGCAGUUGUCCAUGAGAUCUUGAGCCUUACUGUGGAGAAGAAAACUCUUGUAGAUCACCUUACUCAUUUCCGCGAGGAGUUUAGGUUCUCUCAGCAGGUCAGGGGAAUGCUGAUAAGGCACCCUGAUAUGUUUUAUGUGUCGUUGAAAGGAGAAAGGGAUUCAGUUUUCCUUAGGGAAGCAUAUCGUGAUUCUCAAUUGAUAGACAAGGAUCGUCUGCUGAUUAUAAAGGAGAAGCUACGAUCUAUUAUUGCAGUUCCACGGUAUCCUAGAAGGGGUGCUCCCAAUAGAGAGGCAGAUGGUACUGAAGAAACCAAUGAGGCACAAGAUGGAACUGUUGAUGAGGGAGAGGAAUGGUCUGAGACUGAUAACUUUAUGAGUGAUGAAGAUGAUGAGUUUGAUGAUGAUGAUGAUGACGAUGAUGAUUGGAGUGAUGAAGAUGAAGAUACACCCCCAGAUUUCAAUGAAGAUGGGAAAACAUUAAACAAUGAAGAGAGCAAACCAAUUAAUCAAGAAGGCUAUUCAACAGAGAAUGAUGAGAGGGUGCUAGUUCCAGUAUUGCCAGAUGGUCGGCCAAGAGAGCGCUGGUAAAAAAUUUCAUAUCUGAUCUGGCCCAAAGAU